UGCAAUAUGUCUGAAAACAUUAUCCAGCUGGGCAGUGGUAAAUAAAGAUAGGAUGAGACUCUGGAUUCUUUUGCUGGCUGUUGCGGUCAGCACAGAAGAAAUGCCAAGAGAGAACAGCUGUAUUGAAAGGUUUCCUGGAAUUCCUGGGAACCCUGGACACAAUGGCUUACCAGGACGAGAUGGACGUGAUGGAGCAAAGGGGGAAAAAGGAGACAAAGGUGAGCCAGGAAAUCCAGGAAAGCCGGGCCGAGAUGGCAUCAGUGGAAAUAAGGGAGAAUCAGGGGCUGACGGCAGAGUUGAAGAAAAAGGGAACAAAGGUGAUAAAGGAGAGCGAGGCUGGCCUGGGAAAUUUGGGCCAAAAGGAAUUCCUGGGCCAGUAGGAGACAAAGGUCAACAGGGGGAGUUAGGACCACAGGGAAGAAAAGGGAUAAAAGGGGACAUUGGGCCAAUUGGCCCCAAAGGAGAUAAAGGUGAAAUUGGAAUUCAAGGUGAAAUAGGAUUAAGGGGGCCCAUGGGCCCAAUGGGCCAUGUGGGUCCUAAAGGAGAGACAGGAGGCCCAGGACCAAAGGGCAGUAAAGGAAUUCAGGGAGAAAGAGGUUGGAAGGGAGAACGGGGAGAAAAAGGAAAUCUUGGCAGGACCCCAGUUAUUGCCAGAAGCGCUUUCAGUGUGGCCCUUACCACUAAAUUUCCUCCACUCAACAUUCCCAUCAGAUUUGACAAAGUCUUAUACAACAGCUUCAACCAUUAUAGCACAGCAACUGGAGUAUUUACCUGCCCAGUCUCUGGGGUCUAUUAUUUUACCUACCACAUCACUGUUUUUUCAAGGAAUGUGAGGGUAGCGCUAGUCAAAAAUGAGCACAGGAUGCUCCACACUGCAGACAUGUACCAAGGGGCCGAAGACCAGGCAUCUGGAGGAAUCAUCCUGGAACUUCAGAAAGGGGACCGGAUAUGGCUGCAAUCCUAUGGAGGGGAGACUUACAAUGGAUUGUAUGCAGAUCCAGAUGAUGACACUGUCUUCAGUGGCUUCCUUCUGUUUAGUACCUCAGAAGCAUCAGCAUCUGUGCCACUCAGCAAAUAAACUGCUUGCUUGCUUCUGAAUAUGUCACUUACACAUGACGCAGCUUAGUUUUCAUAUUAAGGUUCCAACAAAGUUCAUGAAGCCAAAUCAAGAACUUCCAGUCAAUUUCUUGCAGAAUGAUGCUGAACACCACUCGUGCAUUACUUUGUUUAUAUGGUUCCUGACAUGUUUUUGCUAUUUUUUAAGAAAAUCUAGGCCCCCACCAGAAUUAAUACACAAUUCUAAUAUCUUAUAUAACUCUUUGAAUCACAGGAUAGAAAAAAUGAUCCUUGUUGUUGAUGUUUUAUUAUUGCUUUAAUCAAGUAAACUAGUUUCAACUUCUUACAAAAAUAUUUCUAAAGUGAUGGAUAAAAUCAUACAAUCCAGUGUUAUAUAUUUAUGCCUAGACAUGUUUGAAUAAAGCAAAAUUUGUUUCCUUCAAGAUAAC